AGAAAUCAAAUUGGCUUAUACUAGGUCGUAAAAACUAUAUUGGAUAUUGGACUCCAGAAAAAGCUGAACAACCUUCAGUUACAGUUAAUUACAGUGAAAAGCUUAGUAUUUGGAUAUUUACUCAGGGGAUCGUAAAUAAAAAGAUUUCCAACUCGGCGCUGCCGACGUUGGAUGUUGCGCACAUCCAUAUAUAGUGUUGGAGACCAUUUAAAUUCUUGGCGGGCUAAUCCUUCUCCUUAAGGUCAAGUGGAAGCCUGUUGCUAAGACCUAGCUUCAUUGCCAUUAUCUUUUUAGGGGUCUGGAAGAAGCAUAUAUUUGAUAAAUACCUCAUAAUUUACUCAAUGUUCCUACCGAUCAGGCUAACUAUGUCUGCAGCAUUGACGAUGUCGAAUCCUAUGAAAUUUUUGUUCAGGUUUAGCAAGCAUCAUAUGACUACAUUCUGCCGACCAGAAUGUUCUUCUUCUAAAUUCCCCCUUUCUGAAUACAAAGUUUUUAAAUUGGAUAGUACUCCACCACAGGAAACGGAUUGCACUCGUGAUGACGCAUUAAAAUAUCUUGAAAGCCUUCAUCGCAUUCGCAGAAUGGAGACAGCACUGGGAAAUAUGUAUAAGGAGAAGCAGGUCCGUGGAUUCUGUCACCUAUAUUCAGGCCAGGAAGCAGUUGCAGUUGGUAUUGAGGCUGCCUUACAACCAGGAGAUACUAUCAUUACUGCAUACCGCUGUCAUGGGUUUACUAUGACCCGAGGUGUUUCUAUUCAUGGUAUAAUAGCCGAACUAGCUGGAAAAAAGACUGGAUGUACUAAAGGUGUUGGCGGUAGCAUGCACCUUUAUACUAAAGACUUUUAUGGAGGUAAUGGGAUAGUUGGAGCACAGGUCCCUUUGGGAGUUGGGAUUGCGUUACGCAUGAAGCACCGAGGAGAAAAGUCUGUAUCUGUAACACUUUAUGGAGAUGGAGCAGCCAACCAGGGUCAAGUGUUUGAAGCCUUCAACAUAGCAAAGUUGUGGAAUCUUCCUGUUAUAUUUAUUUGUGAAAAUAACAAAUACGGAAUGGGUACUGCAGUGCAUCGUGCGUCAGCUAAUACUAACUACUAUACUCGUGGAGAUUAUAUUCCCGGACUAUGGGUCGAUGGCAUGGACGUGUUAACAGUGAGAGAAGCUAUUCGUUUUGCUGCUGAUUGGUGUCGCUCAGAUAAAGGACCAAUAUUAUUGGAGACAGAGACCUAUCGUUAUCAUGGUCACAGCAUGAGCGACCCAGGAACUAGUUAUCGUACGCGUGAAGAGGUUCAGUCAAUGAGACGCGGUCGAGACCCCAUUGCUUUGUUCCAGAAAAUGGUUGUUGACAAUGGACUAUGUACGCAAGAUGAAAUCAAGGAAAUCGAGAAGAAUGUUCGAGCUGAAGUGGAUAAAGAUGUAGAAAAAGCAAUUAGUGACCCUGAGCCAUCUUUAGAAACUAUGUUUGGGAACAUUUACCAUGGCAUACCUCCAAAUUACAAAGUCCGGGGCUGUGAUGUGAAAACCUGGGGAUCGACAUUUGUUACAAAGUGGUGAAGGUGGGUUUAUACUUAAGAAAUGGAGGAGGCUGGUCAUUUUGUAUCACGUUAUUAAGUAGUCAGGUGUGUAGAAUAUUUUGUUAGGCAAGGAGUCAGGCAUGUCUAGUCCUUUAUUUUUUUUGACAAAGCCUGGAUAUCUAUCCAUAACCUUGUAAUUUCAUUCCUCUAAAAUACACUUCUUUACGUAACUCCAGUUUCAGUUUUUGUUUUGGGCUUUUUGGAAUGGGAUUUAUAUUUUCGUCAUAAUUGUCAAACGAAAGUUAAUAUAAACCAAAAUAACAUUGGCAAUGCUAUCAUACUG